AUGGCCGUCACGGCGGCUGAGCGGACGGACGGGCAUUCGGCCGUGCUGACCUUGAAUUUUCGCACGCUCCAACGCAGCAUUUCCAACUCCUCUCGACGUUUCGCCGAUUCCUAUUCCCCGCCCGCUUGCUCUUCUUCCAACCUCCUCAGUUACUCUAGCGCCUACAGGACUGGCAUUGCUCCGUUGCGGCUUCAAACCGCGGGCUUCCAGGAACGGGCCAUCUUGGGCCUUCGCCGUGUUGUCGCGUACACAUCUGCUCCCCUGAUCCAGAGCCCUCGAGAGUUCCUGGAUCGCCGUCGACGCCGAGGCGCUCUCGCAAUCUUCCAACCCUCAGCCCAUUUUUCGCCUUGCUCUCGUCUUCCCGCUUUCCCGCCAGUGGGCAUUCGCAAACCUGAUCUGGCCGCCUCGCCGUUUAGCCGGCCUUCCAAAGGCGGAACAGCGCGCGGAGCACCUGACUACGUUCGCCGUGCUCGCCUCCCCAACAGCCUUUGCCCGCCUGACAACGUGGAUGCGGUUGGCUCAGCAUCCCUCCUGCACCCCGCUUUCGUCGCUCCUGGUACCCCCGCAUUUGCAAUCCGACCCCAUUCCUCGCUCCCUCCUCAAGGUAUAAAGAGGUCGUUGCAGCGCUUCGUCCCACAAACAACUACUUCACAGCAAGCGAUUGUAUCAGGCAUCAUGUCUUCGCCCUACUACAACAACCGCAGCCAGGGCGACUCUCCCGACUCGGCGUCGAUCGAGAAGAAGGAUGACUCGCGCCUUGAGGACGGCGUCAUCAUGGCACCUGUGCUGACCGCCGGUACCACUGCUGCCGACGCUGUCGCCACGACCAUCGAGGACCCCAAGGAGACGGCGCGCCUGAUCCGCAAGCUCGACUGGCACGUGCUGCCCAUCUGCUCGGUGCUCUACCUCUUCUCGUUCCUCGACAGGACGGCCAUCGGCAACGCGCGUGUGCUCGGCAUGGAGAAGCAGCUCAAGCUCACCGACCACGAGUACGCCGCCGCGCUCUCGGUCUUCUUCGGCCUCUACUGUCUGCUCGAGGUGCCUUCCAACCUGGUGCUCAAGAAGAUCGGCGCCAAGCUCUGGCUGCCCAUCAUCGUCGUCGUCUGGGGUCUCGUCAUGCUCGUCACCGGCUUCUCCAAGAACUUCGAGUCGCUCCUCGCCUUCCGCAUUCUUCUCGGCGCUGCCGAAGCUGGUCUCUUCCCCGGUGUCUCGUACUACCUUACGAUCCUGUACCCUCGCAGGUCGAUCCAGCUCCGUAUCGGUCUCUUCUUCAGUGCGGCCACCAUCGCUGGUGCCUUCGGUGGUCUCCUCGCUUUCGGCCUUGCCAAGGCCAAGUCGGGAGACUACCAGGGAUGGUCGUUCAUCUUCUUUGUCGAGGGUGCACUUACCAUUGUCGCCGGCAUUGUCGCCUACUUUGUGCUCUUCGACGGCAUCGAGAAGGCGCCCUUCUUGACCGAGAGCGAGAAGGUGUACAUGAGCGACCGCGUUCAGUUCGACGGCAACGACAUCCCGAUGAACGACGAGUUCGCCUGGAAGUUUGUCUGGGCCGGUCUCAAGGACUGGAAGACGCUCUUCACGCUGAUCUGCUACGUGACGACCAUAACGCCGCUCUACUCGAUCGCGCUGACGCUGCCCUCGAUCCUGAAGAACUCGCUCAAGUACAACGCCAUCGACUCGAACCUGUACACCGUGCCCGUGUACACCGUUGCUGCCGUGACCGUGGUGAUCUUCGCCUACUCGUCGGACCGCCUCGGUAUUCGCUUCCCCUUCAUCUGCCUCGGCACCCUCAUCUCCGGUAUCGGCUGGGCGCUGUCGCUCCACUUCAGCAACAGCCACCCCAAGGUGGCGUACGGUGCGCAGUUCAUCUCGGCUGCUGGUUCGUACGCUGCCUUCCCCGGUGUGGUUGCGUCGUUGACCCAGACGAUUGGUGGUAAGACGAAGCGCUCCGUCUGCAUCGCUAUCAUCGUCGGCUUUGGUGGUCUGGCCGGUACCAUCUCGAGCAACAUCUUCCCCAAGAAGCAGGCUCCUUACUACCACCGCGCGCACUACAUCAACAUCGGCAUGAACGCCGUCGCCUUCUCGUCGGCACUCGCCUUCGCCGGCCUGCUCCACCUUGCCAACAAGCGCAAGCAGCGCAUGAUCGACUCGGGCGAGGCCGCUCGUCUGUCCAAGGAGGAGAUCGCCGACAUGGGUGACGAGUCGCCUUACUUCAAGUACCGCUACUAG